AUGCAAGCGUUCGAUGAGUACAUCGGGAAAAUCAACGAGAUGAACGGAUCGUUCCCGAAGGCAACUUUGCAAAUGGCAAUGUGGCUCCUCACGAUGGUUGCUCAAAUGCGGUCGUCCAAUCCAGAACAAAGGCCGACGAUGUCACAACUUGUGGAUUCUGUCGUUGAAAUGCGACACAGUUGUCCGGCGGCGGUAUUGUCUCAUUAUAUCGGUAUUCAGCGGAGGGCAGUAGAGUGGGAGAAGUGGUAGAAAUUGGCUGCAUGUCAUAGAUGAAACUGCCAACAAUGAGCUUAUUGUGUCAUCAGCUAGACCGGACUUGACCCUGACUUCUUCGUCCCUUAAAUGAGACCGACGGUUGGAUACACUCUU